AAGGGCCCUCGCCCCUAUAAGCUCCCGCCUCCACCCCCGCCCCACGUCCAGCUCACUGUGUCGCACACGAACACUCGCGCCGCACAGCACCGCUCACACUGUGGCGCAGCUCGCCAGGCCACCAACCGCUGGUAUAAGUCUAUUAAACACGACCUCAGAUCGCCGCCGCCUCCUCACCAACGCAAGCACCUACAAGCCCACCACCACCGCAAUGGCCAUGUCGUCUCGCCUCGCCAUCCUGGCCGUGCUCCUCGCCGCGUCGUCGGUGAUGGCCGCGGCGCAGAAGGCCAAGGCGAAGCCGGCGCCCGGCCCUGCCGCCGAGGCGGCGGACAGCGGCCCGCCGACCGACCUGACGAAGGUGCUGGAGAAGAAGGGAGGCUACACCAAGUUCCUCCAGCUGCUCCACGACACCCGCGUGGACGAUCAGAUCAAGGCGCAGCUGACGGACAGCUACAACGGGCUGACCAUCUUCGCGCCCACCGACUCCGCCUUCGCGUCGCUCAAGUCCGGCACGCUCAACGACCUGUCGUCGCAGGACCAGAUCCAGAUGGUCCUCUACUGCGUGCUCCCCAGGUUCUACAGCCUCUCCAUGCUCGGCACCCUCAACGGCAAGGUUAACACGCAGGGGUCCGGCCACGACGGGCCCUACAAGUACAGCAUCAAGCGCUCGGGCGACAACGUCAACGUCUCCACCGGCGUCAACUGGAUGCUCCUCGGCAGCCCUGACAGCAAGGACUUCCCGCUCGCCGUCUACCCCGUUGACAAGUGGCCGCUCCCGUACGAGCUCUUCGGCCCCAAGCCGCCCACCCCGGCCCCAGCCCCGGCGCCAGCGCCAACCAAGUCCAAGACCAAGAAGCACAAGAAGUCCACCGGAAUCGCGGAGCCGCCCACGGCCGACGACGCCAGCGCGGACAACGUGAAGGCGGCGGCCGCGCCCGGCGCCGGGGUGGCCAGGUGGGUCGCCGCGCUCGGGGUGCUCGGCGGCGCUGUCCUUGGCGGCCUCUUCUGAGGAGAACAGAAUCAUCAGAUCAGAGGGUGAUGGUGGUGGCGGUGGUGGUGGUGGUGUGAAUGUGUGAUCUUCGACGGCAUCGUGCGUUGCGCAUUGCCAUGCACGAUCGAGUUGGUGUUUGCGUACCCCGAUUAUUGAUCUCUGUACCAUUUUGUGUUUGUCCGUCGAAUUUAUUCUUUUUUUCUUCUUAUUUGUAUUUGCAACUUAUGUGAUAUACUAGUACUUCUUUCAUUGGAUUC